AUGACUUUUUUAAAACCAUAUACUCAUGAUCAAAAUGAUGCAGAGACGGCUUCGAAGGUUGCUGUCACUGCCAGUAUCUUUACCUCUCCACUCACAUACCUCAGUCAACAAGCCCGUGCGUUGUUAAUCAAGAUCCUUCGGCAGGGACCAAUCCCCCAACACAUUGGGUUCAUAAUGGAUGGAAAUCGAAGAUUUGCAAGAAAAAUGAAUAGGCUGGUAGUAGAAGGUCACUACAUGGGUUACAAUGCGAUGUACGAGAUGUUAGAUAUAUGCUUACAUCUCGGGGUCAAAGUGGUUACAGUUUAUGCGUUUAGCAUCGAGAAUUUCAAACGUCCACCAGAGGAGGUGAAUACACUUAUGGAACUUGCUCGGAUAAAAAUGGUGGAGUUAUGCGAAAAAAG